AGAUUUAUUGGUGAUGUGUUCUUGGUAAGACGGUUUUGUUUGAUUGUUCGUGUUAUUUAUUUUCAAUGGGAAAAUCGAUUGAGAGAAUGGUAAUUGUAAUAAGACAAGUUGAGGGCCAGUUGUUGAGGGAACGCUAAAUACUUGUUGGAUUCGAGGGAAUUUGAGUAAUUGCUCGGCUUUUGAUUUCACAGGAUCUGAGAUGGAUAUCAGUUUUCAUGCGAAAAUAACAGGUGGAAAAAUGGCGGUUAUUCUGGGCACUGCGGUGGCAAUCACGGCUUUUUCAGCGUGUAUUGCACCAUUGCUCCAAGGCCCGGAUGAUGAUGAUAAUGAAGUCGAAGAGUCAAAAAAAACUCUUAAUCGUACCACCAGAUCAGUUCAGAAGUCCCAAUCCUCAUUGAUGACAAUUUUCCUCAAUGGGCUCAGGAAAAUUGGUAUAAUUGCUCCAUCAGAGAGUGAAAAAAAUCCAGAAAAGGGAUGUCAGAAUCCUCUGGCUAAAGGAAACACCUUAUUCACGUGUUUUUCGCCAGUUGUCCCUGUUGUGGAAACCUCAAGAACUCCAAGAGGUGUCACCGCGAAUGUACGCGAGCCAGUGCAUGAUUCUUUGGUUUAUCCCGAGGAAGAUUCAGACCCACGUAAAAUAAUGCAAUGUGUUAACAUCAAUGUAGUCUUGUCGAGAUCGAGUCAAUCCACGCAGACAGAAGAUGAUUACCUGAGUGCACUGGAAAGUACAAGGGCUAGUCAGACACAUAGGAUACACGUAGCUCCUGCGGUAGCACCAAAAUCAUCGGAUGUGGGAAUUCAAGCUGACCCAUUGAUGACUGAAGUCAGAACCGCUUUCCCAAGCUCCACAUCAUCAUCUCAAGCGAACUCAUUAAUAACCGACGAGUCAUCUACCUCUUCUGUAGCUCCACCUGCGAAAUCAUUAUCAUCAGUUAUCCAAAAUUUCACUGACGAUCGGGCAUCAAAAAUCUCAGAGCAAGGAAUUCGAAAACCUCCGAGAGCUCGUCCCCCUAAAAAAAUAAUAACUGAAGCUAUAAUUCAUCAAGACGCAUCAUUAUCAUCUAAUCGAAUUCCGAUGUUGAGCAGAUCCAAGUCGGCUGGCGCUUUUGAAAUCAGAUCUACACCAACAGGAAGAUUCUCUUAUGUUCCACUCUCUCAAAAUCACUCUUUCAUGAGAUGUUCAUCGUCAACUCUGGAGCCUCCGUCAGCAACUACAUAUCCCCUUCAACUCCCAGCACCGAAAUCCUCGAGGAUUCAAGAGUGUAGACAGUCCGAGAAGAUGCUCUCAGACUCAUCCUCACUAGCUGGCAGAAUUCUGCGUUCGUGCAAGUCUUUUCAAAUUGCAAAGUCGAACAGUGGAAGAGAAUCUAAAACGAUGGGAGCGCAGACGUAUUCAUCUGAUCACUUGACUCGUACGAGACGCAUCUAUUUGGCUGAGGCAUCAAGACCCAGCGUUAUGACUCAGGAUUUAGAGAACGAGAUUCGGACAGAGGAGUAUUCAAACUCAGAGGUCAUGUCGUCGACCAGAGUGCUCAAUGCAUCAACUGGCAGUCCUUCUCAGAAUGACCCCAAAAGACCGCAGGAAUUCUUAAAAAAACCCACGGAAUUUCCCCAUGAUUUAGCUCAUGGAGACAACCAGGAGGAGACAAUUGAGAAAAGGUGGAACAGAUGCAUGGAUCACAUCAUCAGGAAUACAAACACCUUAUUGGAGAGAUAUAAAAGUCUAGCUUCCAACGAUAGUGAGAAUAUCUUUAAUGAGUGCCCAGAAAUGCCAAGCAAACCACCAGAAGUUCUGCUCUGCCAUAAUCCAACAGGUUCGAAGACUACCAUCUCGGAUUUUCAGACAAAUUUUCGGGAUCUUAGUAAGGAAAAACGAGGAAUUGCUGACCGACUACGAGAUUUCUUCCGACGUCGUGGGAAGAGGAAAUAUCAAAGCGUUUUUCAGGAGUCCGAUACGACCUUCGAGAGGCCUCUUCGGUGGAACCUGAUGAGACCGCAGCAAUCCAAUUCGUUAUAACCGGGAGUUUACAAUAUGUCAAUGUAGAUUGAAUAUUUUAAUAUUUUAGUUUGUGAAUCUCAGAACGUUGAACGAUUUUCAUUUUUUAUGUAAUUGAUUAUUUAUUUAUUGGUGCUGAUCUCGAGGGAUUUUUCGUUCAAAUAAUCACUUCGAGAUGUAUUCGUUUAUCCGAGGAUAUCGGUCAUCAUUCGUAGCAAAAUGUAUCACCAGAUUUUUCGGACGAGUAUUAGUGCUUUGUAAAUUUUUGUUCUUUCUGAAAUAGUUAUUGAUAAAGAGAAUUGAUAAUUGCAUAUUUUUUUUAAUCAUUGCACACUUUUUCGGCGAGUUUUUGUUUGCAGAAGGAUAACUCAUGGUGAGGCGCCAUAAUUCCCUUGAUAAUUUAAUCUAUGAAGGGGGGUACCCCUAGGAUGAAUGUCACAAUAUCAUAAAUCAUUCCUAGUUAUACCAGUUUAUCAAGUAACGAUAUAAACCCCAACUGGUGCACUUUCAUUGCAAUGUGGUUCUCUGGACUCGAAAGAUUCCGCGAUGAAUACCCGCAUCAGGGUUUUCCCCGUUCAUGCACCUCCAACUGGACUUCCCCGCGUAAAAAAGUACUGGUCAUUGCCUCUUCUCCCCUUAAACCCAUCUCUGGCCUUCAAAAUGCAAAUGAAACAUCUUAAAAAAAAUAUUCCGCGAAGAACAGGAAAAAUCCCUGUCUACACAUAGAGAAAAAAAAAUCCUUUCCUCAAAUAAAAUUUACGAAUUACAAGAAAAUCCAUAUAUUUAAAAUGACAAAGGUAAUAUAAAUACGAAAAUUACAUAAUUUAUAAGAAUCAAACAUGAGUACGUGUAGAAAAUUAAUUGUUCGAGACAGGAUAAAGGAAAAGU